GCAGAAUUGAAAAAGGCGAAAGGAGAAACUGCUAAACAGCGUGCGGCCAAACGUGUUGAACGACUGAAAGCACAGCUGAAGAAGUUACAAAUUCAAAGAACUGAUAAGGAUGAAAACAAGCAAAUCGCGCUUGGUACAUCAAAACUGAAUUAUCUGGAUCCGAGAAUCUCGGUGGCUUGGUGUCGAAAGCACGAUGUUCCGAUAGAAAAAAUUUUUAACAAAACGCAGCGUGAGAAAUUUCGCUGGGCAAUUGAUAUGGCCGAUGAAGAUUAUGUCUUCUAA